UAAUUUUUAAGCAUUUUGUGCUGCCAAUUUUAAUCUCGGUACAAAUAUUGUAGUGCGCUCAUGCAAACUCGUACCUUUGUUACUCAACUACAAAGUAAAAGGAUGGGCGCAUCAGAACACUUUUUGGGAUUUUUGUUGUUUUAUGCUGCAAGUUUGUCAAGAGCAAAGGCUUUAUUUCAGCAGCAAACAGUGCCUGACUUCGCUCCAGGGACACCAGCUGCUGACGUGAGUUUACAGUGGAUCCCCCAGACAAGCAAUGAUGUGCAAAACGCGUUACUGGAGCGGGCAAUUUUUCCCGCUCCUGCUCGAUUGGUUACUUUAUCAGGCUGGAAUAUUCAUGGAGCAGAUGCUUCGUGUGAGAAAUAUGCAAUGCUUAAUGAAACACAAUGUUGGCAGAAGUGUGAACAGAGCGCAAAAUGCGAACUGGUUACCUUCGGUGUUGCCAAAAAGACGGGAUUUUGUUGUCUGCAUCAACUCACAGAACGCACUACAGCUCUUCGACCACAACAGGCCCGCCACUGGAAGUUAAUUUACGAAGAACAACCAGUGCUCCAUCGAGUGGAAGGACAGGUUUUCUGGGGCGAAAAGAUUCGUCGGUUUGAUGUGGACCAGGAAGAAGUCUGCAGUCUGGCCUGCACGUAUCAUCCCGAGUGUAACGUGGCGGCAUACAAGAAAACGCGGGGCGUCUGCUUUCUCAUGCACAACAUGGAUGUGCCGCGCAAUGUGUUCGACCCGGAAUUUGUUACGUUUUUCACCGAACUGCAACUGAAACUGUCUUAGUUCUUUCGCUUCAAUAUCAAUAUUUGGCCGUAAUGGAAUACGGCACACCCACGUGAUACGAUUAUUAUUUAUCAUAAUUUACAUAAUUAUAUCAGUCGC